AUGCCCUCGGGCCGGUCUGUGGACGUGCUGUUGCAUAUGGGAGCAGCUUCCCUGGCCAUGAGCACAGAGACAGGGGCUCCAACCCCAGUGGUGCGGGCCCAGGAGGGGGCUCUGCUCAACGCAGUCAACGCUCACCGUCGGCUGCCCCCCGAGGAGCACACCGUGGGGGCCUCCACCCACCGGGCAGAGACGCAGCAGAUGCCGGUCUCCAGCAACAGCAGAGGCAGCAGAAGCCGGGGCGGUGGUGGGGAGGGGAGGGCUCGUGGCCUGCCAGCGCACGGGUGCUUGUCGCUGGUGAGGGCGUUUGUGCUGGCUGGGGUGGUGUGGGGAGGGGACCCGUGGCUCUGGAAAGCCCAGCCAGCCAUGGAAUGGGUUAUGUGCCGGAAGAUCCGAACCAAGGGCGGUGGACGUGUGUUGUCCUGCAAGGUCAGGUAUUUGAAGUACACGCUGGACCAGUACGUCGAGAACGAUUAUACCAUCGUCUAUUUCCACUACGGGCUGAACAGCCGGAACAAGCCAUCCCUGGGCUGGCUCCAGAGCGCAUACAAGGAGUUCGACAGGAAAUACAAGAAGAACUUGAAGGCCCUCUACGUGGUGCACCCCACCAGCUUCAUCAAGGUCCUGUGGAACAUCUUCAAGCCGCUCAUCAGUCACAAGUUUGGGAAAAAAGUCACCUAUUUCAACUACCUGAGCCAGCUCCAUGAACACCUUAAAUACGACCAGCUGAUAAUCCCUCCCGAAGUUCUGCGGUACGAUGAGAAGCUCCAGAGCCUGCACGAGGGCCAGACGCCACCUCCCACCAAGACGCCGCCCCCGCGGCCCCCGCUGCCCACCCAGCAGUUUGGCGUCAGUCUGCAAUACCUCAAAGACAAAAAUCAAGGCGAACUCAUCCCCCCUGUGCUGAGGUUCACAGUGACGUACCUGAGAGAGAAAGGCCUGCGCACCGAGGGCCUGUUCCGGAGAUCCGCCAGCGUGCAGACGGUCCGCGAGAUCCAGAGGCUCUACAACCAAGGGAAGCCCGUGAACUUUGACGACUAUGGGGACAUUCACAUCCCUGCAGUGAUCCUGAAGACCUUCCUGCGAGAGCUGCCGCAGCCGCUUCUGACCUUCCAGGCCUACGAGCAGAUUCUCGGGAUCACCUGUGUGGAGAGCAGUCUCCGCGUCAGCCGCUGCCGCCAGGUCCUACGGAGCCUGCCAGGGCACAACUACGUCGUCCUCCGCUACCUCAUGGGCUUCCUGCACGCAGUGGCCCAGGAGAGCAUCUUCAACAAAAUGAACAGCUCUAACCUGGCCUGUGUUUUUGGGCUGAAUUUGAUCUGGCCAUCCCAGGGGCCCUCCUCCCUGAGUGCCCUUGUGCCCCUGAACCUGUUCACUGAGCUGCUGAUCGAGUACUAUGAAAAGAUAUUCAGCACCCCAGAGGCACCUGGGGAGCACAGCCUGGCACUGCAGCAGCAGGGGAGCAGCGCAGCCCCUUUGCAGGAGGCUGUGCCACGGACACGAGCCACUGGCCUCACCAAGCCUACCAUACCUCUGAGUCCCCUGACGGGGACCAGAAGACAUCUCUAGUGUUGUAACAUUGUGUAUUUCAAGCUACCUCCCACACCUGUCUGUGCACUUGUGUGUUUUGUAAACUUGCCAUCUGUAAAAGUAACCCAGCAUUAGAUGAACCCACAACCUUCUAAUGAAAACUCCAUGCCUCUGCUCCAUGGUUCCUGAGCUAUGGACCGGGAUAGA